CAGAAUGAGGCAGAUUGCAGACAGAGUGAGGCAGAUUGCAGACAGAAUGAGGCAGAUUGCAGACAGAAUGAGGCAGAUUGCAGACAGAGUGAGGCAGAUUGCAGACAGAAUGAGGCGGAUUGCAGACAGAAUGAGGCAGAUUGCAGACAGAAUGAGGCAGAUUGCAGACAGAAUGAGGCAGAUUGCAGACAGAAUGAGGCGGAUUGCAGACAGAGUGAGGCGGAUUGCAGACAGAAUGAGGCGGAUUGCAGACAGAGUGAGGCGGAUUGCAGACAGAAUGAGGCAGAUUGCAGACAGAAUGAGGCGGAUUGCAGACAGAAUGAGGCGGAUUGCAGACAGAAUGAGGCGGAUUGCAGACAGAAUGAGGCAGAUUGCAGACAGAGUGAGGCAGAUUGCAGACAGAGUGAGGCAGAUUGCAGACAGAAUGAGGCAGAUUGCAGACAGAGUGAGGCAGAUUGCAGACAGAAUGAGGCGGAUUGCAGACAGAGUGAGGCGGAUUGCAGACAGAAUGAGGCGGAUUGCAGACAGAGUGAGGCAGAUUGCAGACAGAAUGAGGCGGAUUGCAGACAGAGUGAGGCAGAUUGCAGACAGAAUGAGGCGGAUUGCAGACAGAGUGAGGCAGAUUGCAGACAGAAUGAGGCGGAUUGCAGACAGAAUGAGGUGGAUUGCAGACAGGAUCUGAACAAAGCCGCCGUCUGAAAACACGGCGGGCAUCGUUCUUCCACCAGACACCCAAAUCCUUGAAAGAGUUUAAAUGUUUGUAUUUAUAUUGCAGCCAGGAGGAGGAUUAUACAGUGGAAGGAAGAUAAUGCACCAAUUUAGUACAUUUCACAAAUAAAAAUCUGAAAAUGUGACGA